UUGCCUCUCUUAUCGCUGCUGUCACCCUCUGCCAGCGCGCCGUCCGUGUUGUUGUAGUAAAUAAUGGCGGCAUCGGGAGGCGGAUUAUCACCUCCCGCUACCGUCGCGGGCUUGAGCACCCAAGCUCCGGCCAAGGCUCGGUUCCCGGGUCGGCCGUGCACGGCUCGAAGCAGGCUGCGGUCGGAAAAACGUACCAGACGCGGAAGGCUUGGCUUGGACGAUGGGGAGCUGGCUGCCGGAGGGCCGAGGCCCGUCAACAUCGGCCUCGCGUUGAGUGAGGAUCCGUCCCUGCUGCGCCUGCUCGGGGUGGUGGAGAAGCGCAGCCGGCAAAGAGAUGCGGGGUUCGACUCCAGCGACAGUGAGGAGGAGGAGGAUUUCACUGGAUUUGGGACCUCAACAGCUUGUUCACAGAAAUCUUCAAGCACUAUUCCGAAGUUGUUGUCCCUGGGAUCUCCAGAUUCUUCUCCUGGAGCAAAACCUAUUAUUGGAAAAAUUAUGCCCAGGCCCCCAAAAGAAGCCCUGGUUGGAAGAAUUCUACCCAGGGUUGCUAAAGAUGGCCAGGGAGUCAAAGAAAGCCUGGUAAAAGACAAAGAAAUACCAAAGGUGAUUAUUAAACUACGAGGCAAACAGGGAGCUCCACCUGCAAAAGAGCAGGCCUCAUGUAGACGGAGCAGUACAGAGUCCGCCGACUUUAUCAAGAAAGCAGGAAAAUCAGCGGAUUCCAGCAGCAUGGAAAACCAAACAGCUACUACCUCAGCAGACAAGCUGAGAAGUGCUCAGACAGCAGUCAUUGGUGCAGAAAAGGCUUCCAAGGUCAGAGAACGAGGCGAGGUGUCAGAGGACUCCGACACAGACCACUCACAGCCACAGAGACAUGUGAAACGCAUCAGGGGCUUUCCAAUGGGGCACGCGAGACGAGCAUCUCAGGCAGUUGCUUUGUCCUUUCACAGACGGCAGAGGAAGAGGACAGCCAAGGCGAUGGGUGCUUCGCCUGAGGCCGGAGCGGAGGCUGGUCCACAAAGUGGAGAGGAGGCAGCGAUGCCCCUUGAGUGCAAUGCUGCAGACUCCCCAACUAAAAGAAAUCAAAAAAGACCACGUCGAUCUAAGUUUGGGCACAAACGAAAGCCAGCGAAAGAUGUUCCACUCAUUACACGUCCAAAAAUUGCACGUGCUCGCAUAAGGCAUGUUUACUACACCUAUGUUACAGAGCCAGCUCCAGGCACACAGACCGCUGAGGGGCAGCUACAAAGUCCGAGUACUGAUCUAUCACAGGGUGAGACGAGCGUGUGUUCUGAACAAAACCAGCAGAACUCGACCAACUCCUCCACCACUGUAACAAGUGGACGGUCUACCCGGGUUAUCAAAGUACCAAAGAGGUUCUUGGAUGAAGAAAUUGUCCCGUUUCGAAAGCGUUUUCCGUCAGCAAAUCUCAAACGCCAACAAAAGGAGGAUGAAAAACCCAGUCUGUUGUGUCCGGAGUUUAGCAGCGAGGAGCUGUCGGACAGUGACACUGAUUCUGACAUAGAGAGUCCAUCCCCUGUUACAAAGUUCCCAUCAAAGCCCGGUUCAGGCCUGAGCCACUUGGAGAUCUACAAGAACCUCAAGAAGCUAACUCUGAAACUGGCUGAGAAAAAGAAAGGCCAGUCUGUUCCUCAGGUGGAUAGCACACUUCCUGGUGACGGUUUAACUACUAAAGUCAGGAAGAGGCGAAGGUCAAAGGUCACGAUGGAGGAGAUGGACUCUCCUGGUGUUGUGAGGAGACUGGCCAUUGUGGUGAACACAGACAUGGAAGCACAGUCACGUGUGGCAUUGGGAGAUAAAGGCAACAACAAUGGUGUAGAUAAAGCAGGAAGCACACCUGGGGACAGUUAUGAAGUGUCAGAAGUCAGUGGGCCAAGCCAUCGGAUUGGUCUCAGUGGAGCUAAUAAGACGAUGCUCCACCUGCUGAAGAAAGCAAAAGUCCAGCUCAUUAAGAUUGAUCAGCAGAAGCAGCUCAAGUUGUCACAGCUGGGCUCAGGAGAGACGCGAGUGCCAGUGAGUGGAAGAAGGAGGAGGAGACGAGUUGGCUUUACUCAGACAAAUAUUAGUUCUCAGGAGCAGCCAGUGGGCGGUCCCAGAAUCAAACAUGUUUGUCGGGCAGCAGCUGUGGCUUUGGGGCAGCCCCGCGCAAUGGUGCCUGACGAUAUUCCCAGACUCAGUGCUCUGCCGCUUCACGAGAGAGAGGGCAUCACCUUUUCUCCUGCUACAGAAGAUGUGGCAGAUGAUGACGAUGACAUCACUGAUCAGGUCAGGGCUCAGUGGGUUGUCUCUCAGGAAAGCAUCCAGCGCAGGAGAAUGAAGGGGAGGGGGAGGGGGCUCGGCCACAGGUACAAGAAAAGGAAGGUCCUGAGUCCGUUUUUACCCGGGGGAGUCCGCUCCCGGCGCUGUGGAAUCUGCAAAGGCUGUUUGAUAGUGAAGGACUGCGCCAAGUGUAUGAACUGUCUGGACAAGCCCAAGUUCGGGGGGCCCAACACGAAGAGACAGUGCUGCAUAUACAAGAAGUGUGACCGGAUCGAGAAAGCAAAGACGCAGCGCUUCCCCAAGUCACUGAAGAUCCACACAAGGCGCUUAUCAGCGUCCGUGUCGAGCAGCGAGGAUGCAAACCGGACGCCUGGCGGAGAGGGAUCGUCCUCCACAGCUCCUGCGAUCAGAAAACACUUCCUGCGUAACAUCAAACCGCGCUCCUACAGCAGCCUGCUGAAGUCUGAAUCUGAAGAAGAGGAGGAAGACGAAAAGGAAAAGGCAAUCAAAUCUGUAGUCAAGCCAGACCCAGCUGCUGGGAGCAACCAAGAUCUUGAUUCUCAAGACGGAGAGUCGCUGCCAGACAUCCCACCUCCUGAGGCAGUGAAGCAUCGACGGCCUUUAUCUCGGGGAGCUGUGGGCAGACAAAAAGCUUACAGGGAUCAGGAGAACACGGAAGAGACGGAGCCCAGAGACACCGACCUGUCCAGGAGCCCAAUGCCGAUGCUGCAGCGGCAGCUACGAAUACACUUACACCGUCUGCCUGAUUCUAUGCUGCAGCCUGCUCUGUCCCGGCAGUGUUUGGAACAGUGUGCCUCAGAGUCCCAUCCAAUGUUGUCCCAGCUUUUAACACAGCCUGCUGUUUCACAUUCAUCACAUCCUGCAACACAGUCUCCGACAGAAUUGUCCCCACCUGUCCUGCAUCCUGCUUCUGCUUCUCCACUUUCACCAACAGACUCUGCUCAGAAAUCUCUGCUGUUACGUUUGCACCGAUUGCCCCAGGCUGUGGUGCACUCAACCACACAUUUGCGCAAAUAUGUGUCAGCAUCAUCUCUACAAAAACUCCAGUCCGUACAGCACACAUCUCUGACAGAGUCAUCGUUGUGUUUGGUGGGACAUCCAGAGGUGCAGAGACCAGAUGAUGAGACAGAGAGAGCUAAAACAGGUCACAAUACACUGAAUGUGCUGUCUCACGCUGCAAAUCAACACACUGAGUUGCAGGAGAGCAGGCAAGAGGAGCAGGAGGACGCACAGAGGGAUCAGCCUGAAGAGGAGACGGACGCAGAGGAUUCUGUAAAAGAGAGAGUGCUGCAAACUUACCAACACUCUGUCCUUCAUUCCCAGAAUCCUGCAGAGUGUGUGUCAGCGAGCACCCCGACAGGGUUAACUAAUGGAUUUCCCCAAAAGGGCCUGUUGAAGGACGCGUACAAAAUCCGCGUGGACUUCAAGGAGGACUGUGCUGUGCAGAAUGUUUGGCUGAUGGGCGGCCUCAGCGUGCUCACGUGUGUCCCCACCACACCACAACCUGUCUGUCUGCUCUGUGCCAGCAAAGGACGACAUGAGAUGAUAUUCUGCCAGAUCUGCUGUGAACCUUUCCACAGUUUCUGCCUCUCACCAGAGGAGCGGCCAAUCAAGGAGAACAAGGAGAACUGGUGCUGCAGGCGCUGCAAAUUCUGUCACGUGUGUGGCCGUCGAAGCAAGAACACGAAGCCUGUGUUACAAUGCAGGAGAUGCCAAACCUCAUAUCACCCUUCCUGCUUGGGACCAACUUACCCCAAGCCCAUCAACUGCAGCAUGCCCUGGGUGUGCAUGACGUGUAUUCGGUGUAAAAGCUGCGGUGUCACUCCUGGAAAGUCUUGGGACUUGGCCUGGAACCACGAGCAGGACCUCUGUCCUGACUGCACUGUUCUCCACAACAAAGGUAAUUUCUGCACAGUCUGCCAAAAGUGCUACGACGACCACAGCCAACGCACACAAAUGAUUCAGUGUUCACAGUGCAGCCACUGGAUCCAUCACACAUGUGAAGGACUCUCAGACGAGCUGUUCAGCUUGAUGUCAAACCAAUCAGAAGAUGUUCCUUUUAAGUGUUCGCCCUGCAGCCAAACUGAAACCAGCAGCUUGAAAGAGGAGCUGCAGAGCAGGCUGACAGCUGGACUGCAGGAGGUGCUCACUGACCUCCUCUCCAACAACACAACACAGCACCUCCUCAUCUGCAAAAUGUGUCAGGAAACAGACAACAUGGAACCACAGCAGGUCUGUGAUCUACAAGCCAUGGAGAUGAAGUUUGAAGAGGGAGGAUACACCUCAAUAAAAGCCUUCCACGCUGAUGUCAACACUGUGAUGAAGAAGCGGCUGAAGGAGGAGGAGUCUCUCCCUGAGGAUCAGAGACUAAGCAGUCAGGCCAAGGCACACUAUGUCAAACUGAUUGAGCAGGUCUUCAGCUGGUUUCCUGCACACCAUCUGAAAAAGUGGAACUCAUUCUCAGGGGAAUUACCAAGCGGCAUGCUCCCUGAGGCUGUCCUCCCUCCCUCUAAGGAGCACAGCUAUGCACAGUGGCUGGAAAGGACUUACCAUCCCAGAGAGUAUAGGGGCCACCACAAGGGGAAAACUCUGCUGUCAUCAGUGACUCUACAGCAGUCUAAUGCAUCGCACAGCCGCCAUCUGAGCACACAUGGCGAGUUAAGUAAUCAGGAAACUUCCAAGAUUGAAGAUAUAAGGCAGUGUGCCCUGUGCCAACAGUAUGCAGACUCUGCUCCAUGUGAUGCAGGACGACUGUUGUACAUAGGACAGAACGAGUGGGCCCAUGUGAACUGCUGCAUCUGGUCUGCAGAGGUCUAUGAGGACAACAGUGCUCUUUUGCAGGUGCACAGUGCCGUCUCAAGAGGGCGCCACCUGCGCUGUGAUCGUUGUGGACAGUCGGGAGCCACUGUGGGCUGCUGUCUUGCCACCUGUCAGAGUAAUUUCCACUUCAUGUGUGCUCGUGCUCAUAACUGUGCGUUUCAGCAGGACAGGAAGAUUUACUGUUACAAACAUAGAGAUCUGCUCAGUUCAAAGAGGGUGUCUGGAAAAGGGUUUGAAGUCGCUCGGAGGGUAUACGUGGACUUCGAGGGUAUCAAUCUCAGGAGAAAGUUUCUCACAGGCCUGGAGCCAGAAACCAUAAACAUGACCAUAGGCUCUCUGCAGAUUCAGAAACUCGGUGUGUUGUCAGAGCUGUCAUCUAAUGGGAGGAUGCUGUAUCCUGUUGGCUAUCAAUGCUCUCGGUUGUACUGGAGCACGGUGGACCCCCGAAAACGCUGCAAAUACAUCUGUAAGGUGACAGAAGUGAGCACACCGCUCCCCGGUGAGGAGCAAGAUCCAAAGUGGGACCAAGACAAGAACCACACCAUAGUCCACAGCCCCAGCCAACACAGAGAUGUGGCAUCCCCAGAUCGUUUAAGUACUUCAUCCAGUCCAUUAAAGUCCACCACACCAUCACCCGACUCUAAACAGCACAAAGCACCUGGAUCCAAAAGCCCUCUAUACACACAAACCAGGAGACCAGCGGGGGGGUCAUCUCGACCUCUUCCAUCUCCAGGAUCUUCUCUUCCCAAACCGCAUCAUGUCUUAACUUUGAGGGACCUGGAGGAUACUCGUCGGCCACGCAGGCUCUCAACAAGAAGCCGUUGUAGCUCCUCGCAAUCAGACAGCGACCCGUCUGUACCGAUGACCCUCCGCUCUAGUGGCAACGUCCACUCCAGAUGUGCCCUCUUCAGCUCCCCUGCGAGGUCCAAUUUGGGAUCUGCCUCGCCUCCUCUGUCCAGACAAAACUCCACAUCACCAGUCUGGAGCUCCCCACCAAGAUCCAGCAUUUCUGUGGGGCUGUCGCCUCGACAGGGAGCCCUCUCUCACUCCCCCAGAGGGAGGCAGAACUUCAAAAUCACCACUCCAGUUUCUGCAGAGGUUCCCCAGGACUUCCUAGCAUCAUCUGAGGCAGAAGACGCAGCAGUGGCCACGACAAAUGGGAUCUCACUCGCCCCUGAUAACCUAGAAGAGGAAGUAGCACAUCUCAUGGCGCAGGAGCUGCCCUACACUGUGUUUGAUACUGACACAGAGGUGGCAGUGGCUUCCAUGCUGAAUGCUAAGCUUGAGUUUGACGAGGCUCUGCUAAAUGAGAACGUAACGCUGGGAGGGGCUGGGACGGGAGAAGUGGAAGGUGUGGUGCAAGAAGUGCAGGAGGGCCAUCAGGAGAAUGACUCAGACAAUGAAGAUUCAAGUCAUUACUUGGAGUUUUCCCGCACAGUGGUGUGUGAUGCAGCUAGCAGCUCUGACACCACAGGCCAGCUACCUCCAGCGCAGUCGAUCUCACAGUUAGAUGGAGCAGACGGGGGGUCGGACAGCGAUGAAAGUGAGGAAGCUGAUGAUGAAGCUCAGGAUAAAGGAGGCAUAGAGAUUAAGAGUCACACUAAUCAUACUUCUCCAACUAAACAGCUGACUGUGGCUCUAAAGCGGCUGGAGUCCAUCUACACGUUGUCGAAGUCAACAAAAGACAAAGAACCAACUGAGCCAGACUUUCCAGCAAACUCACCACCAGCUCAUAUUCUUCAAUCGAGCUUUGAAAACGAGGACAUGUCAAUGCAGGAUGAAGAAGUCCUGAUGAGCUCUGGAACGCCACCGUCUCAGAAUGAACUCCUCUUAGAUUCAGCGACAGGGCAUUUUGUUUCUACUGAAAAUGGUGCUGUACAGUCCCACAGUGAAGUUCCAUUUAAAGACGAAAACAGCUCAUCUGCUGACUCAAUUGAAGAAUUCAAAGAUGAUUUGAAAGAUCCUGACUACUCUCCAGAACCCGAACCUAAAGCCAAAAAGUCUCCCACAGGGCUGAUGAAAACUAUCAUCGUGAAGACAAAACGUUCACCACCGAACCUCAAACGGACGUCACCAAAAUCAUGCCCUUCCCUGCAGACGUCGGGUUCCCCUGCUGCUGCCACUUUUUGUGCAGUUCCACGCACGGUCACCUCCCCCAUCCUGAUCAAUGGAUUAAAUGCUCUACCAAUUCAGCCUGGUGCCACACGGGGCCGAGCUGUUGCCAUUCGCUUGGACAACUCCAGGCCAGGGGGUCAGCAGCAAGUUGUAAUUCAGAAUCAGGCUGCAGACACCAGCCUACCCCUGGGCCAGGCUCCUGCUCCUUCCCCUCAGGUCCUGCUGGUCAAUCGUCAAGGACAGAUUCUGAUCAAAGACCCGAGGACAAACACUUACCAGUCCCUCAAUGCAAAUUCUCCAGCCUACAGUAAAAUAAGCCAGAUUGCCAAGAUUCUGCACAGUGGAAAUGCUUUGCAACGCACAGUCCCUCGUGUCAUCAUAAAGCCUCGUCCCAGCUCCUCUGUCACAUCUGUCCCUUCUGCCAGUAUCAACACGAUCACACCUGGAAGAAAAAUAAUCCUCCAAGUGUUACCUGUGAGAAGCAGCGUGCCUCAAGUUGCCACAGCACCUGUCGGUGUCCAGAGCACUUCUGAAGCAAGCAUCUCCACCAUGGAGGAAAGCACAGCUCAGGCUAUUAUUAACAGAGCCAUGUCGACCCACCGUGGAGAGCCACAACCGAAACAAAAACCAAACAUUCUCAAAAACACUCACCGUCCAAAAUCCAGUCAUCAAAAACCUACCCAGGAUUCAGAGGAUUCAGAUCACUCACCAGCUGCACGCUCAGACUCCCCCAACAGUUGCCUCAAUGAGCCAGAUUUGAACCAGCAAACAACACAGGCUCCACAACGGCACCAGGUGAGGGUGAAGAGGGUGUCGUCAGUGACUGAAAGGCCCUCCAGAAAGAAAUCCAAGAUUGACUUCUUAAAGGAUCCCAACAGUGAGCUGGAGGAACUUAAUGAAGCCAGACCAAGUGGUGUGAGAAUGAAAGCUCCAACAAUGAAGGAUAUUCUUAAUAUGGACCAGGAGGAUACGCCUAAUGAGCCUGAUAUGUCGAGGAUCACUGCUCCACCUCCUCCUAUACCCUCCAGGCCUCGAGUCGAGAGUCCACCUUCACAACCUCAAAGCAACAGUUACAAUAAGAGUAACACACACAUGUGGGUCAGCGCUCGUCAUGGAGAUCUCGCUGAUUGGGCCCCCUACUCAGGUUUUAGUUCAGAAGAAGAGGCACCUGCACCCAAAUACAAAAAGCCAACGUACAUUAACCAGCCUCACCUGCGCUUUGAAAUCACCAGCAAUGAUGGCUUCAGUGUGAAAGCUAACAGCAUAGAGGGUGCUUGGCGUGCAGUGAUCGAAGGCGUCCUGGAAGCUCGAGCAGGUUUUCACAUGAAACAGCUGCCUCUGGGGGUGAUGAGCGGGCCCCGGGUGCUCGGCGUCGUCCAUGAUGCAGUAAUCUUCCUGCUGGAGCAGCUGCAGGGUGCAGCCAGCUGCAAACGCCACCGCUUCCGCUUCCACCGCUGUGACGAUAUAGAGGAGGAGCUGCCUAUCAAUCCCAGCGGCUGCGCUCGUUCGGAAGUCUACACACGAAAAGCGACUUUCGAUAUGUUCAACUUCCUGGCAUCACAGCACAGAGAGCUCCCUGACAUAGUAGGUCCAUUUGAUGAAGAGGAGGAUGAAUUCCCACUGAAGUCUUCCAGGCGAGCCACCAGCAGUGAGCUUCCCAUGGCAAUGAGAUUCAGACAUCUGGAAAAAAUCUCCAAAGAAGCUGCAGGAGUUUACAGGUCUGAAAUUCACGGUCGCGGUCUUUUCUGCAAGAGGAAUAUCGAGGCUGGGGAGAUGGUUAUCGAGUAUGCAGGCACCGUCAUUCGCUCUGUUCUGACUGAUAAGAGGGAGAAGUAUUAUGACGGCAAGGGCAUCGGCUGCUACAUGUUCCGCAUCGACGACUUUGAGGUGGUGGACGCGACGAUGCAAGGCAACGCAGCUCGUUUCAUCAACCACUCAUGCGAGCCCAACUGCUACUCCCGCGUCAUCAACGUGGACGGCUGCAAGCACAUCGUCAUCUUUGCGCUGAGGAAGAUCUACCGGGGCGAAGAACUGACCUACGACUACAAAUUCCCCAUCGAGGACGAGAACAGCAAGCUGCACUGCAACUGCGGGGCGAGACGCUGCCGGCGCUUCCUGAAUUAGUACAGCCAGACCCAUAAACACAACCGAACACACUAUGUACAAACAGCCAUGUUGUUGAAUGCACUUGAAUUUAGGAGUUUGAUGAAGCUGAUUGUUGUGCAGCAGCCAUGAUGAUGCACACUGGACUUAUCUAAUGAACUUUUUCACUUUGUUGAAAGCUUUAUUUAUAGACUGAUUGCAGAAAGUGUGUUUGCUGACUUUUCUGUGACUCUGAACUACGUCAUAGAAACCAGAUUAGAGCCAUAAGACAAAGCGUGGGGUGAUCUCUAUUUAUUUGAUUUCAGACUGCUGGAUUGAAGAUCUGUGAGGGAGAGUCGUUUAAAUAAUACAACUGCUCUUCUAUUUGGAUUUAAGCACUGUUUUACUUCUGUAUACUAUACAUUCAUUAUGUUUUUCAGAGUUGAAUAUGCCAGUAGCCCCUGCUAGGACAUAUAAGCAGCUACAACAGUCUGACAUCAGUCUCACAGAUGUCAUGGGAUUUCUGUUAUUAUGCUUGUGACAGAGUGUCUUUGUAAACGUUAAGGUCACAGAGAAUUUAUUCAGCACCUUACUUUGAACGAUCUCCUUUGGCAGCACUGGUGUUGCAGCAGACAGAAUAAAUUUUACAUCAAAGCAACAAAAAGGAACAUAUUUAACUCAAGGCACCUGGUAUACAUUGUAGUUGGCUGCAUUUUAAAUUCACUCUGGAUACAACAAGUUACGUGAGCAGGGAAUCCAAUAUUUUAGGUGCUGGUGACAUUUACCCCUAAUUGUAGUUUUAAUAUAGUCACCCAAGACUUUUUUGACCCCCGUUUAUUCAGUUGAAAUCUCCUGUUUUUAUUUGUAUCAGCAGAUACGCCGUGAUGUUUUUAUCCUGUCUGUCUUCAUUUGUUUAUUUGUGCUGUUUGUGUGUUUUAGGGUCUAUGAGGGAGAGUUUCCUUAAUGCAGGGUUCAAAUUGAAUAAAGUGAUCUUGCUUGGCACAGUCCCCUAUAAAUCCUUUUGUAUUUUUGUAUAUUUGAACGAUACAUGUAUAUUCAACAAGCUACUGGGCAUACAUGUGUUUGACCUUUUAACUUUCUAUGUGUAAGUGAAGGCUGACUAAGAGAACAGAAGCUAUUGCGGAGUUGUGAACCUUUUUCUUCUUUGUGUUUUGCACCGUUUUUGCACCCUCAUCCUCUGUUGUUUGUUUUUGUUUUUUUUGUCAACCACAGGUGUACUACCUCAACAGUCCUAGAGUUUAGUUUAUAGGCUGAAUGCUGAGGAUGUUUGUUUUGUGUUUUCGGAACAAUAGUUGAAUUUCCCACCAGAAGUUUGUGACUUAAUUGUCUCACAAUUGAUUCUUGCCUUGUACAUAGUUGUAUAAAGAAUUUCUAAACCUGUUAAAUAUUUUUGUACCUCCAAUUUUUUUAUUUAUGUUCAAUAAAAAUUUGAAAUGUUUAAAACUUGCA